CAUAAAUUGAAAAAGGCAGUAAAUGAAUUGUCUCGUGCUAUCCACCUUCAGCCAGAUGGAAUCCAAUUAUACAUAAGAAGAGGACAAUAUCUUCUUAUGAUGAAAUGUUAUGAUCUUGCAAAGUUUACUAUUUAUCAAGUAGCAGAAAUGGACAAAGGUCUCAUUAAGUUGAGUCCUAUACAGCAAGCCCUCAUUUAUUCAUUUUGUGAAAACCAUGACAAGGCCGUUGAGGUCUUGGACGGAAUCAGCUGGAAUAGACCUGAGAUGACCAUGUAUGCUCUGUUAGCAAAAGUUCAAAUGAAGGCCAAGAGAACCAAGGAAGCUGUGAAAAUGCUUAAGAAGGCUUUGGAUGUCAUUUCUCAUUCCGAUAAAGGACCAAACACCACAGCAAUUUCAGCAGACUGUCUGUAUAACUUGGGUCUUUGUUAUAUGGAGGAAGGCAAUUUACAAAUGACUUAUAAGCUAGCAAUUACAGAUUUAACUACAGCUAUCAGCAUGGAUAAAAAUAGUUAUAUAGCAUUUUAUAACAGAGCAUUAUGUUACACCAAGAUAAGGGAACUUCAAAUGGCAUUAGCAGAUUAUGGAAUUGUGCUGCUUCUUGAUGCUACAGAAACUGUAAAACUAAAUACGUUCCUUAAUCGUGGACUCAUCUAUGUAGAACUAGACCAGUAUGGCUUUGCAUUAGAGGAUUUUAAACAAGCUGCUCUGAUAAGCCAGACUAACGAGAGCCUUUGUCACGCCACUGCCAUGUGCCAUCACAGAAUUAAUGAGUUUGAAGAAGCUGUCAAUUUCUUUACCUGGGCUCUUAAAAUUAACCCAUGUUUUCUGGAUGCUUAUGUUGGACGGGGAAAUUCUUACAUGGAAUGUGGUCAUGAUGAAGCCACCAAGCAAGCACAGAAAGACUUUCUGAAAGCACUGCAUAUUAAUCCAGCAUACAUAAAAGCCAGAAUUAGUUUUGGCUAUAAUUUGCAGGCCCAAGGAAAAUUCCAGAAGGCUUGGAACCACUUUACGAUUGCCAUAGAUAUUGAUCCAAAGAACUACCUAGCCUAUGAAGGAAGAGCUGUGGUCUGUCUUCAGAUGGGUAAUAAUUUUGCUGCAAUGCAGGAUAUUAAUGCUGCCAUGAAGAUCAAUACUACAGCAGAAUUCUUAACAAAUCGUGGGGUGAUUCAUGAGUUUAUGGGCCAUAAACAGAAUGCAAUGAAAGACUAUCAAGAUGCAAUUUAUCUAAACCCCAAGUACUCGCUGGCUUACUUUAAUGCGGGAAAUAUCUACUUUCACCACAGGCAGUUUUCCCAGGCCAGUGACUACUUCUCAAAAGCUUUAAAAUUUGAUCCAGAAAAUGAAUAUAUUCUCAUGAAUCGAGCUAUUACAAAUACAAUAUUAAAGAAAUACAAAGAAGCAAAAGAAGAUUUUGCAAAUGUAAUUGAAAGCUGUCCAUUUUGGGCUGCAGUAUAUUUUAAUAGAGCACAUUUCUACUACUGCUUAAAGCAAUAUGAACUAGCUGAGGAAGACCUUAAUAAAGCCCUGUCUUUGAAGCCUAAUGAUGCUCUAGUAUAUAAAUUUAGAGCAAAAGUUCGUUGUAAAAUAGGUCUGAUUGAGGAAGCUAUGGCUGACUAUAACCAAGCACUUGCUCUUGAAGACCAUGACUCAGUUAUAUGAUUACAUAGACCGUGGUUGCUAGAGUAGUUUACACAACUGUUCUCUCUGAAACUGAAACGUAUUUGCUGUCUAAAAGGUUCCACCAUUUUCAUUAUUGUAUUCAUUAUGCUUAGUCUUCCAUAUAACCUUCUAUGCAUUUUAAUAAAAUGUUUGUUAUACAUUAAUUAUAAAAUUUAUGUCAUUUUCUGCACAUUUGGAAAACCUUGAUAAUGGAAUUUUUCCAAGGUUGCAAAUUUAAAGGAAAAUGUUUCUUAAGGAAUUAAAUAGGAAUGUUUCUUAACAUUUAAAAUAUUUUCUUUAAAGUAAUUCUUUUUGAAAUAAUACUAUGUAUUGUAGAAAAAGUGUCAUCGACCUUUUCAUCAAUCGUUGCUGAUAAUGUAUUCAACAGUAUACAGAUUAAAAAA